AGUACCGCUGUGCGUUCGGUCCAGCGGCCGGGGGAGGCGCCGGGCGUCCGCGGCUUUUCCUGUGAGCUGCGCUGCCCUGAGCUGCGCUGCCCGGAGCUGCGCGGGGAGCUCGGCAGCCGCGCCAUGCUGCAGCAUCCCACUUAGAACAGAGGACUUCCAUCAUGACAGUGAAUCCCACUGAAGUUAUCUCUGGUAGUCCGGCUAGAGGUGACUUGGAGGCCUCAGUGAGCUUUGAGGACGUGGCUGUGCACUUCACCCAGGAAGAGUGGGCUCUGCUGGAUCCUUCCCAGAAGAGUCUGUACAGAGAUGUGAUGCUGGAGACCUGCCGGAACCUCGCUGCCAUAGGAUACAAAUGGGAAGGCCAGAACAUUGAAGACCGUUAUAAAAGUCCUGGGAGAAAUCUAAGAAGUUACAUGUUACAGACCUUCUGUGAGGAUGAAGGUGGUGAUCAACGUAGAGAAAGCUUGACUUGGAAACCAGAUCUCAGUGUGAGCAUGAGAAGUUCCACUGGCCUAACACCAUGUGAUCACAGCGUGUGUGGGAAGAUGUCCUGGUAUCGUUCAUCCUCUAGUAGACAUGCCACAAAAUACAAUCCACAUGAGCAUGAAAACUAUGUGACUAAGCAGUGUAACUCUGACUCUCUGAUGAGCUUCCAAAGGUACAUGAGAACCCAUGUUGUGAAUGCGCCGUGUGAAUGUGAGAUAUGUUUAAAAUAUUUUGGUUUUCCAAACACACUGGGAAGGCAUCAGGACACAGAUAGUGGAAAAAGUCUGUAUCAAUACAAGGAAUGUGGAAAGACCUCUAUUAAUAUUAGUUCACCAUGCACACAUGGAGGAACUCAUGCUGUAGGAAAACGCUAUGAAUGUAAUCAGUGUGGUAAAGCUCUGAGUUCUUACAGUUCACUUAGAAGACAUGAGAGAAUUCACACUGAGAAAAAACCCUAUAAAUGCAACCAAUGUGGGAAAGCCUUUCGAUACCACAGUUACCUUCACUUACAUGAAAGAAUUCAUACUGGUGAGAAACCCUAUGAAUGCAAACGAUGUGGGAAAGCGUUUAUAUUUCCUGGUGCCUUGCAGGUACAUGAAAAAAUUCAUACUGGAGAAAAACGUCAUGAGUGUAAACGAUGUGGCAAAGCCUUUAGACGUCAUAGUGAUCUUCAAGUACAUGAAAAGAUUCAUACUGGAGAAAAACCCUAUGUGUGCAAACAGUGUGGUAGAGCUUUUAGACUUAACAGUCAUCGGCAGAGACACGAACAAACCCAUACUGAAGACAGACCCUUUAUAUGCAAACAGUGCGGCCGAUCUUUUGAAUGUUGCAGUAAUCUUGAGUUACAUGAAAAAAUCCAUACUGGAGACAGGCCCUUUGUAUGUACAGAAUGUGGCAAAGCUUUUGGAUGUUACAGCAAUCUACAAUUACAUGAAAAAAUCCAUACUGGAGACAGACCCUUUGUAUGUACAGAAUGUGGCAAAGCCUUUAUAUGUCAUGGUCAUCUUCAGAGGCAUGAAACAACCCAUACUGGAGAAAAACCCUAUGGAUGUAAACAGUGUGGGAAAGCCUUCAGUCGUAACAGUCAUCUUCAAAGACAUGAAAGAACUCACAAGCAAAUGUCUACAUACCCCAGAAAAUGAUUCCACCAAAGCCCAGCUAGGCAAACCAAUGGCUGUGUUAGGAUUACGUCUAGGAACAUGGAUAACUUAUGGACAACUGCAUCUUCAAAAUGCUACUCCAGCUACUACUCUGGAGAACUGUGCAAAGUUUUACAAGCAGCUUAACUAACCAGAAAGUCUCCUCUCUCUGUAACUGUUUACUGCUUUUGUAACCUUGGAGAAAGUCCUAGUAUAUCUUUGAAGGCUUAGUUUUCUGUAAUUUGUUAGUUGUUUACUUAUCAAGUCAACAGCUCCCUCUUUCUUUUUCUUUCUUUUUUUUUUUUUUUUUUUUUUUUUGAGACAGGGUUUCUCUGUGUAUCUCUGCCUUGGAACUCACUCUGUAGACCAUUCUGGCCUCAAAUUCACAGAGAUCCGCCUGCCUCUGCCUCCCAAGUGCUGGGAUUUAAGGCUGUGCCACCACCGCCCAGCUCCAGCCCCCUCUUGUUGGCAGUCUUUCUAGCUCUCACAUUUUUUAUGUUUUUGAGCCUUGGUGGGGUGGUGUAAACAGUGUCUGUGACCGAGCAUUGCAGUCUAUACCACAGAAGCCCUCACUUGCAUUUUCACCAGUGGCUGUGGGCUACACAACACUAAGGUCUUACCAUCCAGUUCUGGCAUGGAACCAGGAGCAGUGACAGUAAACUUUGAGGUUUGUGAUCUCAGGGGCCUCCUUGUCCAACAAGUACAGCAGGCUAUGCCUGGCACUGGGGUCUUUAUUUAGCAACCACUAGGAGUCCCCUCCCCAUGCAGAUACCUUCAUUACUUAAACACUUUAGUUGCUAUUUUAAUAACCCACUAAAAACACACUCUGGCCGCAGUGGGUCUGUAAGUCAGGUGAAUGCGACUGCAGCCGGCUGCUGUUACAUGGGCUCUGUUCACUGGCAUUAAUGACUACUUUUGUCACUCACUCUUCUGUGGCACCUAUACAUACCUGAGUUGGGUGAGACCCCUUAUGCAUGGAUGUGCUUAUAAAAGGUCUGUGGCAGUUUCCACAUGAGUGAGAACAUAUUCACAUCUCUCACUGAUAAUCCCCUCAUAGGAUAAGAUGACUUAUGUGUGUCCUGUCAUAGCAUCUAUCGAGGCCAUGAUGAAGAACAUGGUGGCACCUUUUGCCUUGUGGCCAGGAUGUUAAAAAAAAAAGACACCUGACUGUCUUCUACCUGCAUGUGUUUCCUUCUUGCUGCUGGGUGUGGCUACUGCCACAGUCCUCCAGAGACAUCUUCUGGCCUUGUAACAUGAAGAGAAUAGCAGUAGCUCUAAGAAUUUUCUAGGCCUUGACUGCCAAAGAGACAGCUCAAGUAUCCAGCUCCAUACCCUGAACGGCUGCUGGACUGUCCAUCAUACACAUGGCCAUCACUGGGCUGCCCAGCCCCACUCUGUAAGCCGAAUCCCCUUUCACUGCACACAUACAGUCUCUUAGUCCGUUCUCCAUAGGGUCCCUUGCUAAACCAUCUGUGGUACAGGAAGGGCUGUAGAGAAACAGAAUUGACAGCUGGUGAUAUGGUUCUUUUGGCACAAUUGUGAGCUGCACGAACACCCGGGAGGGGCCUGUGGACCACAUACUAAGCAGAAAUAAAUGCCUUCAGCGAAAACCAAUUUUUAAGCGCUUGUUACAAAAGGACCUAAGUUUCAAACUGGUUUAGUUUUAUUGAGAAAUAAGUCUCUAGGACUGUUUAAUAUGUUUUCCCUGUGUUUUAUGUAUGGCUUGCUGUCAUCACUGUAACAUCAGUAUUCUAUUACAAGUAAUAUGUUUUCUAAUUUUUAUAUUUAGAUCUGCCUGCCUCUGUUUCCCAAGUGCUAGGAUUAAAGAUGUGUGCCACAA